AUGCGUAAAUCAAUUCCAGCUUUGUUAGCUACAGCCUCAAUAACAUUAGCUAGUCAAAAUGUGUUCAGUGUUCACGAUGACCUACUUGCAUUUCCACAGUAUGAAGUAUUAUUCUCAGAUGACUUUCAUUCGAAGGAGGAAGCGUAUUUUAUCGUCAAUCAUCCCUAUUCGCCUGUCAGAUUUUCAGGUAAUAAAGAAGAUUUUAAAAGCAUACAAUCGUCUCAACACCCUAUCCAAGAUGAUUCCCCCGAUCAUGAAUCCGAGCCUCCCAAACAAACCCACGAGCUCAUGUAUCUACAUGAUGAACCGUAUGUAUGCACAAUUCCUGUGGUUUCUCUACCUCCGCGAAACGAAACCUCAGAAGCCGAAGCUCGCGCUGCUGAACAAAAAGAGCUUGCUAGAGCAACCGAUCGUGGCUGGGAACUACUUCAAGAUUUGGAGAACAAUUGUCUAUACUUUGUGUCUGGAUGGUGGUCAUAUUCAUUCUGCUACAACAAGGAAAUCACACAAUUUCAUCAACUACCAGCACAACCUGGAAAGGCGGCAUUCCCACCCCAACCCGAUCCAUCAGCCCAAGAAUUUGUUCUCGGAAGAGCGAAGACAUCACCGAAGAGCAAGAGUAAGGAGGAUGAAUGGGGCAAUCAAAUAGAAGCGCAUACGGCACCCAAGAACGGGGAAUCACCAAAAACAGAACUACAAGUCAAGGGCGACAUGCGCUACCUCGUUCAGAAAAUGGAAGGUGGGACAAUCUGCGAUCUUACAGGCAAGCCCCGCCAAGUCGAAGUUCAAUUUCACUGCAACCCUAAUGUCAAGGAUCGUAUUGGAUAUAUCAAGGAAAUGACCACAUGUUCAUACCUGAUGGUUGUAUAUACACCCCGCCUUUGCGACGACGUAGCAUUCAUGCCACCUAAGGCAGAGAAAGCCAACAGCGUAGUCUGCAAACGUAUAAUCCACUAUCCCCCCUCAUCCCAGAUUGAUCCCAACUUUAUCACCUCUUCACCCUCCUUGUCCUAUCCUAAAAACCCCAUAGUCAUUGGCGGUGUAACCGUCGGCGCAGACUUUGGAGAUGGUGACAACGGAAGCCGGACAGAAGUCAUUGCACGCGGCAAAAGCAAGGCCCAGGGAGGGAAGGUCGAAGUUAUUAGUCCAAAAUCACUGGAAUUAAUGGAUCUCGACCCGAAAAUGAUCGAAAAAUUACAAGAGGAAGUCAAGAAGUUGGCAGGGGAUAAGGGCUGGAAAAUUGAGGUUGUCGAUGUCCCAGGGCAGGUCAGAGAAAUCUUGGGAAUUGUCGAGGAUGAUGGAGGACAGGGCCAUCAAAAGGGACCCGGAAAACCUAUCGAGGGGAAUCCCAGAAGGAUAGUGACAAGAAAGAUAAUAAUGUAUAUGAAGAUGAAGAUAGUGAAGAAGGUAGCGAGGAGAUAUUCAAGGAUGAAUUAUGAGGCUCCAUAUCUUCUAUUUAAAUAG